CAGUUGUAAGGGUACUCUUGUAAUGAUAGCUCACAUAUGCUCUGUCAAAUUAAUUUCUUAUCCCAUUUAUGCCGCUGACCUCUCUUCUCUGCCCAUCUCUUCAUUUACUAGUCACAGCCCUUCCCCUCCUUUCCUCUCUCCAUAGCUUUCUCCCGUUGUGCUAUAUAAAGAAGAGGAGAAGCUACUACAGUCUUUAGUGUUACACUUCCGAAUGGGUCGGUCACCAUGCUGCGACAAGGUGGGCUUAAAGAAAGGGCCAUGGACUCCUGAGGAGGAUCAGAAACUUUUAGCUUAUAUCGAAGAACACGGCCAUGGAAGCUGGCGUGCCUUGCCAGCAAAAGCUGGACUUCAGAGGUGUGGUAAGAGCUGCAGACUGAGAUGGACCAAUUAUCUUAGGCCUGAUAUAAAGAGAGGAAAGUUCAGCUUGCAAGAAGAGCAAACCAUCAUUCAACUCCAUGCCCUCCUAGGGAACAGGUGGUCGGCUAUAGCAACACACUUGCCCAAGAGAACAGAUAAUGAGAUCAAGAACUACUGGAAUACGCAUCUUAAGAAAAGGUUAGCCAAAAUGGGAAUUGAUCCUGUGACCCACAAGCCCAAGAAUGAUGCCCUUCUCUCCAUCGAUGGCCAAUCCAAGAGUGCUGCCAACCUUAGUCACAUGGCUCAAUGGGAGAGUGCUAGGCUUGAAGCUGAAGCAAGGUUGGUUAGGGAAUCAAAACUACGUUCGCAAUCAUUGCAGCAUCAGCUUUGCAGCUCUGGGUUUUCAUCUUCAUCAUCUGCUUCAACCCCAGCCCAAGCUGGGAAUAAACCAGAGGGACCACCUAUUUCCUCACGCUCUCUAGAUGUGCUUAAGGCGUGGAAUGGAGGCUGGUUGAAAUCUACUGAAGGCCAUAAUGUUGGUGGCGAACUUGAAUCCCCUUCGUCUUCCCUGACUUUCUCCGGGAACGCUCCACCAGUUAUGACCAGUGGACUUGGAGAGAGUACAAUGCCUAUGAUUGAGUUUGUGGGCUCUUCAGGUUCUUCUGAGACAGGAAUUGUGAAAGAGGAAGGUGAGCAAGAGUGGAAAGGUUAUGAAAGUUCAGUCCAUCUGCCGGAAUACAAAGAUGGUAUCGAGAAUUCCAUGUCUUUUGCGUCUAGCCUGCAUGAGUUGACGAUGUCCAUGGAAGGCACGUGGACGUCCGAGUCUCUCAGGACCAGUACUGAUGCCAUUGCUGAGGAAGGAUUCACCAAUCUUUUGCUUAAUACUAACUCCGAUGACCGAAGUUUGUCGGAGGAGGGCGGAGGUGAGUCUAAUAACUGUGAAGGUAAUGGAGGCAGUGGGGGUGACCUCUAUGAAGAUAACAAGAAUUACUGGAACAGCAUUCUUAAUUUAGUGAACUCUUCCCCUUCUGACUCUCCCAUGUUCUGAUUCAGUGCCAUAUUCCUCAAACUAAAUCUAGAGCCAUUGAUUUUCUUUCCAUCGCCAUAAGCAGCGAGUUUGUUCACAGAAAAAAUGUUUCAUUUCUAUAGUAGUUUUCGUUGCUUUCGGAGUGGCUUUCUUGGGAAGUAUGUAACUUGUGAAAGCAUCCGCGACUUCCGUGGAAACCAAUUCACUGGUCGCAAAUGUUCAUAUCAAUUUGUUCUGAUUCGACUUGAUUUCAUUAUCUUUUGUAUCUCCAUCCAAGUCCAGAUCUUCUGGGCAAUGUUCAAACUGAUAUAGUAGACAGAGUGUGAAUUGAAUGACUUUAGUCUUUUACCCCCCAA